AUGUACGGACGUACGGCUUCAAUGAUGUUUUUAGUCGAAUAUGCUAGAGAGCUGGCUGCUGCUUGCGGAAGUCGCCAAAAUGAUGCAGAAGAUGGUAAUACCGAGACUCAGCAAUAUCAAAAUUUAGAUUUGACUAAAGCAUUUGAAUGGUGGAUUACAGCUCUUGUUCAAUAUGUUCAGUUGGCAACAAGUGAUAAAUGCCAUGCAGUAAGAGCCCAUGCGUGUGACUUUUUAUCAUAUAUUCCAGCUAGUAUAUUCUCAUCAUUACCAACGGCGAAUAGAAGUUUCUGUAUCAAGAUAUUACUUAAUUUUUCAAAAGAUGAAAGCCAAAAUGUUAGAGCAGCAGCGUGUCGUGGUCUUGGAGUCUAUAUUUUGUUCCCUAGCUUACAACAGGAUACUAAAUUCGCGUCAGACAUGGCGUUAACAGUGAUUCAACAGAUCAAUCCUUCAAAUGUCAAUCCUCGAAAUGCCAAUUUGAAUGAAUUUUUGAUUAAUGUUUUAUGGGCAAAAAUUGUUAAAGCUGGAUUAUCUGCGUCAAAUGAUAAUGAUAAGGUCCGUCCAAAUGGAGUGAGAGCAUUAGGCAGUAUUAUACAUGUCCUUCCGACAAACUUCAUAAUAAGAGAAGAAAGUGGAUUAAUCAAAGAUGUUGUAAUGGCUUUGAUUAAAAAUUUUGAAUCCGGUUCAUUGAAAGUUCGUUGGAAUGCAUGUUACGCAGCCUCGAACAUGUUACGGAAUCCAAAUUUUCCAAUUGGGCAAAAAACAAACACUUGGUCCGUGCAACUAUAUGAUGCGCUAAUCAGAGCUGUACAAACGUCCAAGAAUUUUAAAGUUAGAAUUAAUGCGUCUCUCGCACUUGCCACACCGACUACACGAGAUAAAUAUGGGGACGUAACUACGUUUAUUAAAAUCCUACAAGCAGUGAUUACAAGUUUGGAAAAUAUCGAUAAUUUGGCAGGAACUGGAUUCAGCGAA